AUGUCUGCUACAAAGCCACAAACACGAACACUUCUUACUAGUCGACAACGAACAAUUCGGAUUGAGUUCUAUAAUAAAAAUCCUUAUCCAUCAUUGAGUGAACGUCAUCGACUUGUUCAAUUGACUGAUCGAACAUCUAAACAAAUUCAAGAUUGGUUUUCUAACCGACGACACACUGAUCCAAAACUUGUUGCUAUGCAACCAACUUUUGUUUCACAACCUCCAUCUCCAUCAUCUUCAAUAUACUUAGCAAUAGACCAUUUCUUACCGAAAUCUGAAUCAUUAUCACCCAUACAAACAAAUGAAGAUUAUUAUGAUGAAUCAUUUGAUAAUAUUAAUAAGAAUAACAAGAGAACUUCAACAGUAAAACGACCAAUGAAUGGAUUUUUAUUAUGGGCUCGAGGUGAACGAAAACGAGUAUCGAGUGAUGGUUAUGGUGUGAGUCAAACAUCAUUGAGUAAACUUUUAGGUGAAACAUGGCGGCGAAUGUCCGUCGAAGAGAAACAGCCAUUUUUAGACAUGGCUGAAACACUGAAAAGACAACAUCAUAUUGAUCAUCCCGGCUAUAGAUUCAAACCAAAACAACGCUCGUCGACCGCUAAUAGAACAAAAGCAAGAAAGCAAUGUGUACCUGACUCUCAACAACAAUUGUCAACGAUGAACUCUUCAUCACAUUAUUCAACUUCAUCUUCUCUUUUUUUUCAACAACAACAACAACAACAACAACAACAACAAACAUCAUCAUUUACUUCUGAUGCUACUCCUUAUAUUGUACAAUCAACAGUUCUAGCCAUGUGUCAAGCUAUUGCUCCAUCAUCAUCAUCGUUAUCGUCUGAUAAUAACAAUGAUUGGUUUUCAAAACUUAUUGAUCAACGUCAAUCUGUUAUUGUUGUUCGGCCUUCUCAGAUGCAAACAUCUCCAAUUUUAUCACGUCGAGCUGUACGUAUACAAAUUAUAAAUAAACAUGAUGAUAUUGCUAUACCUCCACCACCAUUAUUACCAAUGACACCUUCACCAUUAUCAUCAUCUUCAACUGUUCUCGAUGAAUCAACAUCAACAUUAAUCGAUUAUCUUAGUAAUACUUCUAAUAUGUUCAAUAUACCUAACAAUCAACCAGAUUUAAUGCCCGUUAUAGAUGACAUCAUUGGAUAUGAAACAUUACAAGAUUUAGCUAAUAAUCAAUUAAUGGACCUCGAUCAACCUUAUAAUAAUAGUGGUUGGAUCGAUACGCCUUUAUCAAACUUUGCUACAAAUUCUACGGAUAUAAACACAACACCACCAUAUUUAUCUUAUGAUUUUUUGAGCCUUUAA